AUGAAUGAUGGUGAAUCAUAUGGAACAGCAUUUAUGACCGGAAUUGCAUUCCGAGAUUCUAAAAAUGCUAUGCAUCCUUGCGUUGGAAUGUUUUUACCAGGUGGAUCUGUAGAAGCAACUUUGGCUAUAGAAAGUUUAAAUAUACAGUAA